GUGAUCCCAUACAUGCUUUCUGGCUUAAGAAAGGACAAGAUCUGCUUUCGCGAAACAAGAGCACAGAACCGGGACUAUCAGAUAGUCUUGGCCAUUGAUAACAGUGAGUCUAUGGUUCUCAAUAAUGCGGGAGAAAUGGCGAUGGAGACUGUUGCGAUGGUAUCAAGUGCACUCAGUCGUCUAGAGGUUGGAGAGAUGAGUGUAGUGAAAUUUGGUGGGGACGUUGAGACGGUCCAGAAAUUCACAAGCACUAUGAAUGGGGACAGUGGCGCUAAAAUCGUGAAAGAAUUCAGCUUUGAUGAGAAAAGUACGGACGUUUCAAAACUGAUGCAAACCCUUUACGUCUACUUACAUGACUCCGGUCUUGUGAGUCAAAGAUAUAACCCAGCUAUAGAACUUGACGUGAAACAAAUCAUAUUUGUGUUGUCUGAUGGGCGCUUCUCGGACAAAAAUGGGAUUGCAAAAGUCUUGAGAGAUUUUGCAGCAAUGAAAACGUUUGUAGUGUUCAUUAUUUUGGACCACCCAUCGACAGAGUCGAUCCUUGAGAUGAAAACAGUCAAAUUUGUGAAUGGGGAAGUUAAUGUCGAAUACUACAUGGACUCAUUCCCAUUCCCUCAUUACAUUCUGCUUAAUAACUUGAACGAGCUGCCAAACGUACUUGCCGAAGCGUUACGACAGUGGUUCGAGCUUGCAUCGCAGAAUUAA